AUGAUGUUUGUGUCUUGGUCAGAUCAGAACAACAUUCUCAUCUACCGGACAUUUGAAGACUUUAAGAGAUUCCAUAGAGAGCUAAAGAGAAAAUUCCCCAUCGAGAGCGGCUCACUUAGGAAAUCUGACCGGACAAUACCCAGGUUUAAAGACGCAAAUAUGAAGCAGAGGAAGAGUGGGAAGCUGAACAGGUGCCUGGAGAUACUGAAACUGCUGGAAACUUACUCCCAGGAGCUGCUGAAAAUGGAUGCUAAAAUCUCCCAGGGUGAAGACGUGGUUCAGUUUUUCAAGGCACAGACCCAAGACCUAGAUCCCUCCUUUCCUGAAAAGAGUGUUGUGAUAAUGCCAUCAGAAAUUGGAGGGGAAAAGAAAAGCCAGCCACGGCAGCAGCUCUCCUCCAUUACACACCCCCAGGCAUCCCAGAGCUACAGAUGCAUAGAAACCUUUGAAACCAAAGACACGAAGAACAAGACUUUCAAAGUCGCUAAGGAGGAAAUUAUUGAGGUCUUAAUCAAGGACAUGACUGGAUGGUGGCUAGUGGAAAACGCAGACAAGCAGAUAGCCUGGUUCCCAGCCUCGUACCUGGAAGAGACUGACGUUCACAAGGACAUCCAGAAUGCCUCGAGCUCAAACGAGGAGGGUAGCCUGUACUUUGUUGUGCGAGCCUAUGAGUCUCAGAAGGCAGACGAGCUCUCACUGAACAAUGGCGUCGUGGUGGAGGUGGUCAGGAAGUCUGACGAUGGCUGGUGGCUGAUCCAAUACAAUGGCCGCACCGGCUACAUGCCCUCCAUGUGCCUCCAGCCCUACAAGAAUCCUCACCACAAGCUCCAGACCAUCAUGAGCUGCGGGCUCAAUAUCUCCACCCCGAACCUCUACUCCUCCCUGACGGCUCCCCAGCCCCGGGGCGAGGCUGCGGGACAGCGCAGGGUACAGGCUCGCUCUUCCCUUGACCGGACUGAAGAGGAUGUGAGCUCUCUGAGAAGCAGAUCAAGGUCUCUGCCCAGGGCCAGCUCCACCUCGGACCUGGAGUCAGACAGCUCGUCCCUCAGCUCGGGGAGCAGCAGCGAGCGGGACGGCCAGCUGAGCUGGAAGCCUGACUUGUCAAGAUCUCUGCCCGAAGUCAAGCAGGCCAGGAGCCCUCCCCUGCGGCAUGCCUUGGCCACACACAGCAGCGAGUCUCCACACCUCACCCACAAGGACAGGAACGAUUCUGGCUUUGUGGAAUCUGCAGCUGACCUACCUCCCUCCCUCACUGACCCAGACAUGGCCACUUGCGUCCCCAAGGUUCCCGUGCGCCCUUCAGCCCAUGAGAUCCUCCAGAAGUGCAGCACCGUCACAAAGCGAGCCGUGCAGCAGUCUGCCUCCCGGCCGGCCCUCAAGACUCUGCUCCCUCUCCCCAGCAUGCACUAG